AUGUCUGAGAGAGUGUCGCAAAGAGAGGAAACUAAUGGGAACACAGCACUGGAUUGGGAGAUUUUUGACAUUCUAUGCCGAGAAGAACUCGGUUUGCCUACCGAUGUGCCUUGUGUUGACCAUCAUCAUGUGACGCAUGCGAUUGACUUGACAGCGACCUUAAAAAGUGAGCUAGCUGCAUCGAACUACAAACGAGACCGUCUAUUGAACGAAUUGGCUGAUUUGAAAGGCAGUCUGAAUGCACGCGAUGCCGAAUGCGAAACAUUGCGAACGCAAACCGCUCGACAGUCGGCUUUGAUAAGUUCGUUGCAAGGCAAAGUGCAUGCAAUCGAGAAUCGAGAACGAGCUUCAACGAGUCGCAACGAAAACACAAUCCAAAUGUUGCAGCGCGAGAAGAAGGUAAUGGACGAUCGAAUCAAGGAUUUGGUGGCACGAGUACGACGUCUUGAAGGCGAUUUAUCAUCGGAAGAAAGCCAGCGUGAGCUAAUUAGGGCACAAUUACAAGAUCUAAUACGUCGGCUGUGUGUUUGUUUGGCCGUUGAUGUGUCGGAUGCCACGAACCUCAGUCCCGAAUUGGUUGUUGCCAAAACUGGUGAAAUGAUGGCCGAUUUACAGCGCGCACGUAACAAAUUGGCGUCAACAUGCGAAUCGUUGCACACUUGUGAAGCGGAAUUACUGCAAACGCGCACCGCUGCCUGCAAUGACAAGCAACGGCAAGAUUUGCAUUUGCAAGAGUUAGAAGCGCGGUGCCGUCAAACUGAACGAGAUUUGCAAACGGUGCGCGACCGAUUGGUCGAAAGUGAAAGUACGGGCGAUAAAUUACGCGAAGAAUUACGUGGCUUUGAAUCGCGAUGCUGUCGCCUCCAAAACACAAUCGAUCGCAUGCAAAACGACCGAUUGCAAUAUUUGCGAAAUUUGGCAUCGAUUGUUUCGCUGCCCGAUCCAUGCGAAACCGUGAUCAAGGACAAAGUUCGCGAUGUCGUCAAUGAAAACCAAGCACUUCAAUCGCAAUUGCAUAAUCUGCGCGAUCAGAUGAACAUCGAAACGAACAAAUUACGAAAUGAAGAAAUGCAAAAGUCGACGGUUGCAGAGCGAUUGGAAAAAGCAUUGCACGAUUUGCAUCAGAUGAAAAACGAACACAUCACGUUGUCUGAAUAUUUGGUACGAAUGUCUCGAGCAUUGGCAUGGAGUGAAUGCACUGCACAACCAGCACCAGGUGCAGAUACGACUUUAUUGGCCGAAACACUGUUGGAACGUGCUGAACGACUGACGACGCAUCAUGAUCAUCACUCGCAUACGCUUCCAUUGGAUCAUAAACAUUGGGACAGUUGCCAUACGUUGCAUCCACAUCCUCAUCAACAUCCACAUGCACAUACGCAGAUUAAAUCGUUGAAAUUAAGGCGUGAACGCUCUUGUCACGAUCUCCCAGUGAAAGAAUCCACUGCCAUGUACAAUUUGCAACGCAAAGUUCAUUCGUUGAAAGACCAAAUCCAAAGGAAAGACCUGCAAAUCGAACUGCUCAAACGAAAAUUGACACUGACCGAAGAAGGUGUACGCGGAAAGUGCAUCAUUCAGAAUGAGCGCGAUGAAGCGCUUUGUCGAAUCAAACGAACAUCAAAACAGGCGGAAAAAGCAUGCCACGAAUUAAUCGAAUCAAAGGCUCAAAUAGCUGAACUCAAAGCGCAAUUAGUCGAUGCGGCCGAAAAUAAAAUCUGUGCUCUUGAACGAGCUCGUAAAAUUGAAGAUUUGCAAGCGCGUUUGGCCGAUACGGAAGCGGAGAAGAACCGCUUAAUCGCACAGCUGCAAAAUUUCAAAGCACGUUGCCGAUCAACGGUCGACAGUUCAAUAGACAAGACGCGACGUGAUGAGCAAAUCAUAAGUAAUUUGAAGGAUGACAUUGCACGCAUACGUGUUCAACUAUCAGAGUCGAAUCAUAGAUUAAGUCAGUUACAAACAUUCCGAACAUCUGUGGCUCGUUUGCUUCAUUUACGAGAUAUUCCACACUCAAGUCUAUUACAACGACUACAAACGCUAUGCCAAGCACAUCAGGAAUUCACAAUGCUGUCUCGCCGUUAUGAGGCCGUUUCUCCAGUUGCAGAUCAUCCUUGUCCCCGAUACGAGACAGAUUUGAUACCUCCGUCAAACCAUUGUCGACCGUUGAGUUCAAGUCCGGGAAAUCAUCGUCGUUUCGAUGAUUCGGGUUUAGAUGAGCAUUUCGACGAUGAGUUUGAUAUUUUAAAGAAGAAGUCGCAUUUUUAGUCUAUUUUGCACAUUUAUCACGUCCACCGAAUCACUAACCCAUAUUGAUUGAAUAAAAUUCACAGUAUUCA